CGCGAGCGCGUCUUCCCCGCGCGCAGGUUCCUCCACAGCCUGGGCGCCAUCUUCUCCUUCAUCUCCAAGGACGCGGUGGCCAAGGUGCAGAUCAUGGAGAGCUACUGCGGCGGCGAGCAGCGGGACAAGUACGUGUCGCUGCAGUCCAUGGUGGAGUACGAGCUGGCCAACGGGCUGGUGGGCGUCCAGAAGCGGUCGGGGGGGGCCGACUCCGGCUGCCGCACCGUCCUGCGGCUCCACAGGGCCCUGCGCUGGCUGCAGCUCUUCCUGGAGGGGCUGAGAACCGGCCGGGAGGACUCCCGGACGUCUGUCAUCUGCACGGACUCCUACAACGCUUCCCUGGCUACCUACCACCCCUGGGUCGUUCGCAAGGCUGCCACGGUGGCCUUCUGCGCGCUGCCACCCCGGAAUGCCUUCCUGGAGAUCAUGAACGUGGGCACGCCCGAGGAAGCGGUCGCUAUGCUGGGCGAGGCCUUACCCUACAUCUGCGACGUCUACGGCAUCACCCAGGAGCUCUUUGCCCAGCAUAAGCUGCUUGACCUUCCCUGACAGGAGAGAUGUUAAAGAGCCACAACACAUCCCAGCAGAACCGGGAUGAACGGGGGUGAAACACGAGCAUUUCCACAGACGCACAAGCAUCUGGUUCUCUGUCCACGGGCACUCUCCCUUUCCUUUUCCAUUACGGAGCUGACAGGUUGGCAAAGCUAUUCAGGAUGCUUCACUUUAUAUAAGAGGAAAAAAAAAAGUACCAAUUUUUUUUUAAUAUGUACAUAUAUCUGCCUGUGUGUAGAGCUCUAUGGCAAGAAACACUAUUAAUAGCUUUUUUUAAUUCCUGGAUUCACCUUCAACUCUCCAGCUAGUCUGGGAGGGUGAGAUUAGUUUCUUUAAGCCAAACACUGCAGCUUCUGUGCAUUUACACCGAUAGUGAGGACCUCGUGUGACAGUAGAGCUUUCAGAUGGGGUGUCUGAACACGUCACCUGUGAGCUCACUCAGCCACUUUUGUUUACAAGCUGCUCCCUUGAAUAGAUCAGGGAGGGGCUGCUCUCUGUUAUCCUUUAACCUUGAAAAUAUAAUCCCAGGUAAUGUAGUUCUGAAAGGAAGCUCUUUUCUUUGCAGUCACAGAUUCGUGAUUGCUUCUGCUAAUUCUGUGUCCCCUAGAAUUAAAGCAGGAAAUGGUGCUCUAUGUCAUUGCUCUAAGAGACUGUUUUUCCUUUGGAUCCGUGCACAUUAAAUCAGGACCUGCCUUCUAUGUAGCUUCCCCUGCCCGUUAAUCUAUGCUUUAUGCGUCUUGGGAUGUUUUUAGUAUGUCCUGCACAAUCCUUUAUAUCCAGCUAAGACUGCAGACUGUACCUGAUCUAUUUGUCGGCCAUGCUUCUAAAUUGUGUUCUCAAAAUUUAUAUUUUUUUUUUUAAAGAAUGUGUCAAAUGCCUACAAAAAUUACUUUUCUCACUGGGGAGCAAUCCAAACUUGUACUGUAAGUCACUACUUUGUGAGGUUUAUGGCUUCUGUUGCAAAUUGCUGUAUAUAUAUACACACCAGAGUAUCUUAAAAUGCAGUUUACUUAGCUUUCUGAAAGCUGAAAAAGCACUAUAUUGUUAGUUCAGGAUGAUGUGAAUAUUUGGGGGAGGAGGGAGAAUCCCACUGGCUGUACCGUGUUUUGAUUGUAUCAGAGGGGAUUUAUUUGGGCCUAAUGUAACACUGCGUGAUUCAGGAAAUCACAGCUGCCUCACGGAAGUUAACUGGACAUUAAAUUAUGUGAAUAACA